AUGAACGACGACAUUCCACUUCGUUUUCUGCGUCAGACAUCACCUGCAAAGAGGUUACCAUGUUCUCAGGUCCAUUCCAAUACUGACCUUCACAUGCCUCCCAGGCGAAGGAACAGCGAUGACGGAUUCGACGGUAAUCCUGGUGAUCGCCUGACAUCGACGGCUUCGACACGCAAUCUCGUUAGCUUCUGGAUCCUGGGUCUGUGCAACAACUUCGCUUAUGUGGUGAUGCUCAGCGCUGCAAAGGAUAUCCUUGAAGGCGAUGAUGGUGGUAGCAGUAUGAACGCAACGCAUAGUUGUCGAGAAGUGAUUAUCGACAGGAAAUGUCAGCAACUUUCAACCGGAGCAGUUUUGUUGGCAGAUAUAAUUCCUGCUUUGGUAGUGAAGGUGACCGCUCCGCUAUAUAUUCAAAUGAUCCCAUUUGGGCUCCGUCAUUUCCUUGUUGUUGUUGCGCAAAUGUUGAGUUUUGUGCUCGUUGCUGCUAGUGGUAACGUCUCUGUGGCUUUGUUAGGUGUUGUUGUGGCCAGUUGGGGGUCUGGUCUUGGAGAAAUUUCUUAUUUGGCUUUAGCUUCAUAUUUUGAUUCAAAAGUAGUUUCAAUGUGGUCAUCGGGCACAGGAGGCGCAGGAAUAAUAGGUGCUAUGACGUAUGCUGUUCUCACCGAUCCACUGAUGUUGCAUCUCUCCCCACAAACCGCUCUGUACAGCAUGCUAAUAAUCCCGUUGAUGUUCGCAUACACGUUUUGGUUUAUCCUUCAGCUACCGAAUUCCGUACAUAGGAUAAACAUCUGCAGUCCUAGAACAUAUGUUGUCCCGAACAAAACUGAUUGCGUAAAUCGAGCGCGGACUACUUCCACAUCUUCCGAGUCUGAUAUUGAAAGACCGCUGCUCGACGAGGGUGAUCAGGAAGGAGAAAAUGAUGUGAUUUCUUCUCCUCUACGGCUCCAGAGGGGAAUUCCUAUUUGCGAGAAGCUGAAGUUAAUCACACCAUUGUUUAAGUACAUGCUGCCAUUGAUUAUAGUCUACUUUGCGGAAUAUUUCAUCAAUCAAGGUUUGCUGGAGCUGCUAGAAUUCGAUUGUUCGCAUGGAUUCAAUCUUGGUCCACAGAGUCAGUAUCGUUGGUACCAGGUAUUGUAUCAAGUGGGCGUGUUUGUCUCACGAUCAUCGUCUGAUAUAAUUGCGCUGCCGGGAGAAGUAUUGCCGCUUCUAGCUCUGCUGCAGGUACUGAACGCCACAAUUCUCUACUUCCAAACACUCCAUCCAAUAAUUUCGCAUAUAUUCCUGCUAAUGAUGGUGAUUGUGUAUGAAGGACUUCUUGGCGGUGCUUCGUAUGUCAAUACGUUUAGGGUGAUCCACAAGGAGGUACCGGCUGACCGGAAGGAAUUCAGUAUGGGUUUUGUUUCCAUAUCAGAUACGUUUGGAAUUCUGCUUGCAGGAUUUACGGCGAUUCCCGUACAUAAUAUUAUCUGCGAGCAACCACCAUGA